CACGCGGGAGAGACGAAUGGCCCGGAACCCGCGGAGGAAACGGGGGCGAGACAAGGGCGAGAAGAAACCGAGAGAGGAAGACCGCGAGAGAGCCGCGGCAAGAGGGGAACAACUGUGUGCGUGCGUGCGUGUGUUUCGCGUAGAUAAUCACCGUCAACAGUAGCGGGAGUAACCCACCGCGGGGUGAUGUCGACGACACGUGACGCCCGCUGAAUCUCGUCGUCACCGCCGGUCGCGGAUCGAACGCGCGAGCGACGCACCAGCAGCACCGCGCGGCCGAUAUCAGCUGCCUCCGAUCGCGCUCUCCUUACUGCUUCGUCCGUAAGUGCACGCGCGAGAACGUGCGAGCGCAUUCUCCGGGGAGCCGACAGCUUCGCGCGCGCGAGCCACGCUUUAUUAGUCCGGCGCGGGACAUCGUGAACCCCUUCGCAGUUGUUUCGCGCUCCGCUUCUCUCCUCUUCGUCUCGCCGCCUUCUCGCGCGCGCAAGCCGUACAGCCUCGCUUGGCGCUUCGCCUCGUCCCGCUUCGCCAUUGGCCAUCGGCCAUCGGAUCAACGAGACCGACGAGACACCGACGUGGUGAGUGAAGCUGAGCGCGCGAGAUAAUAGGAGCCGGCGCGCGCCAGGAUAGCGCGCGCGCUCGAGAGACGAGGGUUUCGCGAAAGAGAGGCAGGAAGGAGGCGCCAAGGAGGAGGUGCGCGAGAGGAGCAGCACCGAGGGAGAAGCCAACGUGUCAAAGAGAGCGGAAGGUCGAUGCGCCCAGGAGGAACACGAAGAGUGAGCGAGAGAGCGGUGUCCUGCGGUGAUACAGUGCGCGACCGGCAUUCGAGUGCCGGCUACGUCGUGUGUUUACCGGCCGCGUCCACCGUUUCCUCUCCUGCCGCGCGGUCCCCGAUCGCGAGCGCGGUUUCGUGGCCAACCCGUUCGACAGGGUGCAACAUUGACUGACUUCCUCUCACGGGUGAGCGAAUCUCCCGCACCGCUCACGAUCCGCUCACGGCAACGACGCCGGUGACGCUCGCGAGGAGUGAAACUCGCGCCAUUUCUCACCUCCCCUGAAACUCCCGCCGCCGUCGCCGCCGCAAUGUUUUGAACGGACGCUCCGCGCAAGUGUCAAUCGCCGCUGUUUUCCCCGUGUUUACUAUCUGGCCGUUGUGCGGGGACUAACGCAGGACGUCCGCAGGCGGUACGGCGACGUGGCGACGGCGACGUCGUGACAUGUUGUACCCUCGUCCGUUCCUGUGGCAUUCGGCAUCGUCGCGGUCGGCGCGCGGGUUCACGGUGCGUCGCACGUCGUGCGGGACGCGGCUCACGGCGACGGCCGGCGGCGGCACGUGCUUCGACACCGCGACGACGGCCGGCGACGGGACAGCUUGAAAAGAUGCUGGCACUCGCGAUGCGCCGCGAACACAUGACCGGGCGCAGCAAUUACGAGCCCGCGAAUCCGCUCGCGGGGUUCGAACACCUGCAGCACAACAGCGGCAAUCCGUUCGCGGUGGUGCCCUCCUCCGAGGGGCGAGUGCGCGAGACUAGGCCGGAGGCUGAGGGUGAGUUGCAGGAGUUUGUGGACAUUGCGCAAGUGCAACAGCUGCUGCAGCAGCAGCAACAACAGCAUCAGCAGCAACAUCACCAUCAUCACCAUCAUCACCAGCAGCAAGCGGCCGCGGCCUCCUGCAUCUGGGGGGCGGUUUACCCGCCGCCGCCGCCCGCGCUGGGAUAUCAUCACCAUCACCACCAUCAUCACCAUCCGCCGCCCCCGCCGGCAGGCGAGGACACGCAGUGCGGUACCGAGGACUCUGCCGCCGCCCAAGGAGGCGACCCGCUCCAGAGGAUGACGAUGGACGGCAUGGAGGUGGUCGGCUCGCAGCCGCACGCAGCCACCAGCCCGUUUCUGCUUUCCUCGCCACCCCUGGGGCACCACCACCAUCAUGCCCAUGCGACCUUCAACCUGCAGACGGUGCAGCUCAGCUUCGACGCGUGUUUACCGUAUAACGCGGCCUCCUCCUCCAGCUCGGUCACCUGCAACAUCGGCGGGACACCUGUGAGCGCGACGUGCACGAAUUCGUCAACAAACUGCAACAGCAAAACUGUCCCAACGCUCUCUCUGUCGUCGUGCGUGCCGUUGCACGCUCAGCUACAGAUCACCCCGACCGAUUCCAGUGCGGAGCACAAUCACGCCCGGCACCACCACCAUCACCACCACCAUCAUCGGCUGGACGAUCAUCACCAGCAUCACCUGCACGCAAACGCGUCUUCACCGUCCGCCGACGCCGCCGACGGCAAGAGGAACCGGCAGUCCGAGGAGGACGACAAGGGCUGCAUUCGAAACUGCAGGAGCGAUCUUCACGAUACGAACGAUAAGGAUAAACCCGGCGACCUCAACACGCCGGUCACCACCAGCAGCGACCUACCGUCAUUCUUCGGCCCCUCUGCGCUUGUCGAACCGCCACCGAUCUCAGGCAGCCUGGCGGGCGAGGACCUCUCUCUGGAGGAGGCUACCGCGGAGGAGGACGAGAGCGGCGCGUCCGCCGGCAGAGAUCAUCGACACCACCAUCAUCCGCAGCAGGACGCGCGGAACGCCGUCACGUCGAGCGCACCCUCCUCGAGUAGUCCGCCGUCGCGUCACCAUCAAACCCAGGACGAGGCGGAUCGCAGUAAUGUGCUGCAAAGCGGCGUGAUCCUGUACUCGCCGCACUCCACGUCCUCCGUGCCGGCGACGAACGUGAACAUCUGCAACGUACCGACAUUAACCUAUCGCGGUGUCUUCACCACGACCUGCACGCAGUCCUCGCCGUUGGGCAAUCUCCAAAGCGAGCAGCAGCAGCAGCAGCAACAGCAGCAGCAACAGCCGACGAGCCAAGAGCUAUGGGCUCCGUUAGCCUCGCCGACCUUAACCUUGACAGGUCAGCCGUUCCUUCACCCCAACCUACAUUCAGCCGCGUACGGCGGCGAGACCGUCGAGUUAUUGCAGGUCGAUUCGAAGCCGCCCCCGCCACCCGGUUAUCACGACACACCGACCACCACCCCUGCGGCCUGGCUGACGGCACAUGAGGAAGCUUACGAUCCUGGGCUCCUCUCUCACCAUCACUCUCACGCUCACCAUCACGAGACCGCGUUGAAGCAAGAGCCGACAGGCACACCCGCUUACACGCCCUGCGUGCAGCAGCCGCAGCAAACGCAAACACAGCAGCAACAGCAGCAGCAACAGCAACAACAACAACAACAACAACAACAACAAGCCCCACCGGCGGCCGGCGGCUCCGCGGGGGUGCAAUUGGCGGAAUACAACCCAAGCACGUCGAAAGGCCACGAGAUUCUCUCGCAGGUCUAUCAACAGAGCGCGCUACCCCUCCGGCUGGUGCCAGUGAAGCCGCGAAAGUACCCGAAUCGACCGAGCAAAACGCCCGUUCACGAGCGGCCCUACGCCUGUCCAGUGGACGGCUGCGACCGCAGGUUCUCGCGCAGCGACGAGCUCACCCGGCACAUUCGCAUUCACACCGGGCAGAAGCCGUUCCAGUGCCGCAUCUGCAUGCGCUCGUUCUCGCGGAGCGACCACUUGACUACCCACGUGCGCACGCACACCGGUGAGAAACCGUUCAGCUGUGAUCAGUGCGGCCGAAAGUUCGCCAGGAGCGACGAGAAGAAGCGCCACGCGAAGGUGCACCUCAAGCAGAGGCUGAAGCGCGAGGCGUCCCAUGCCAACCCGAGGAGUCAUCCGCAGAGCCACGCGUCGUCGCCCUGCAAUUAAUGAAUUCCAUGAUUACGAAAUCCUUCUUCAACGUUGAGAUCUCAUUACUUUUGUCACGCUCUGACAAAUUGUGAUCUAUGUUAUCCAUCCAUCCCCUCUUCUAUCCCUCCCUCUCGUCCCUUUUUCCUCUUCCCGCGAUCUAUUUCUCCUUCUUGUCACCUUUUGCUCCCCAGUCUUUUCUUCUUUCUUGGCUCGGUCGCUUCCUCUUUCUCUUUCUCUCUCUUUCUCUCUCUCCUUCCUUCGUGAUGACCGAUGAAGAAACCGCGGAGACCUUUAGGCGGCCAAAACCGUCACCGACUGAUCCGUCAUUCGUCGUCGUCGGUCCAUCAACUGUUUACGCUAUCUUAGUACACAGCUGGAUGCGAACUAAUCAUUUUUUCGCAUGCAGCGCGGGAGCGCGAUAAACAGUUGCUCAUUCUGAUAAUUAUCGCGAAUCAAAGGCAAAACAAAUUGCACAUGCCAUUUUGGCCGCUCGUGGAUUUUGAUACGUACGUCGGAUGAAACGUGUGAAGAGAUGCAGUUCGCUCGCGGUGUUUUUCGCAUCGUUGCGAGGAAUUAGAGUACUUAAAGCAUACCGGAUGCCUUGGAAGUGAAUUCAACCCGCGACUCGCGUAAAUUAAUUCGUCCGAUUAAUUGUCUCUUUCUCUCUUGAAAUAUAAAAAGAAACGAUAUACGUCAUGGUUACGCUUUAUCUCGUAGCUCGUGUCACGGGCUUACAUCCGGACACGGGCGAAAUGUCAAAUCCGCGAGAUAUUCGUCAGCGUCGUUACACGAAUGCCAUCGAGCGUUGCAAGAACAUUUUCGUGCAAUCGUAUAACAUGAAAUCGAUACCAUCCGCAGCUUCCGGGAAUCGUAGAGUGACACAGCGGAGAAUGCCGAGAGAGGGAGAGACAGAUGGAAGAGAGGGAGAGUUGAGAGGGAGGAAGAGAGAGGAAAGGAGAGAGAAAGAGAGAGAGAGAAGGAGCAUUGCGAAUCGUUGCAUACGAAUGACUGCUUGUGUGUGAAAGUGUGCGCGUGUGUGAGGGAAAAAGAGAGAGAAACACAAUUGUUUCACAAUGCUUCGUGAAACGAUAUAAAAUAUUACAUCGGCUCGUUGCAUCUUGAUCGACAUCAAGCGGAACUCAAUAUUUAAAUGGUUAUUACGUAUCCCCUGUCCCUCCCCCUGUGAGCACAAUCGAAAAGACUCGUUCGCGGCUCGAGUGUAACCUCUAAAGAGAGAGAGAGAGAGAGAGAGAGAGAGAGAGAGAGAGAGAGAGAGAGAGAAAGUGAAACACAAAGAAAAGGAGAAAAAAAAAUCCAUGAGGAGCAAUAUGCUCGCAUAGACAGAUCUAUGCUACGAAUGAAAAAGACGGAGGCUGUUGACGAGACUCGCGGCAAUGGAAAUAGAGAUAUUUUUUUAUGUAUAUUUGUAUAUAACUAUAAUUCACAACGUUAACACACCGAAUUACAGAGGACGGUUCGUUCACACAUAUAAAAGUAUUUAUUUUUGAAAGAAAUAUUACGGCAUUACGUUAGAGAAUAUGUAGAUGCUAAAGAAAAGAAGUUUCUCUCCGCACCGCGAGAAGUGUGCGCCGAGAAACUUGGUUUCGACAGAGAACAAAAAAAAAAAAGGUAGAAGGAAAGAAAAAAAAUUGUUACAAAUUUUCCGUACGAUGCCAAUCCGCCUGGGAGCGGGCGAUCUCCGAGAGUUUCCGCGACUUUGCAACGUUCACGCAAGGAAUAUCGGAUUCUGAUCUCUUAGCAGCGAUCACGCAUUGCCUAUAGCGUCCCACGUAUAUGCGUUCGUUCUGUCGUGUCGUACUCUCGUGCUCCGAACACGCUAAAUCUCGGCUGUCCCUGCGUGCAUGUGCAAUGAUGUUACGUUUGUCCCCAUUGCGUGGAUCUUUCCCUAUCAUUCUUGCCUCUAUCUCUGCAUUCUAGACAAGAUGAGAAUUCCACGAAGUAAUUGUAAUUAAACAUGACCACAUCGUUGUUGAAAGAGAAAUGUUUCACGUGUACAUAUGUAUAUAAUUUAUUACGUAUAUGAGAUCGCUGUAUAUGUAUAUGUAAAAUCCUAUAACGUCGUUAUCUUGCCUACACUUCUUUUUCUUUUCUCUCUACUCUUCGCCCUUCGCAAUAUUAUUGGGGGGGCCCCCGGCCCCUCCCUACCCCCUACUCUGCGACCCCUACCCGCGUACGUGUACACAUACGAUUUAGCGAUUGUUAAUGUUAUGUAUAUGUUGCUCUAUUUAUUAACAAGAUGACUAUAUCAAAUGAAUAUAUUGUUAAAGUCAAAUAAUUAUUUUUAUUAUCGUAAAGGACUACUCUGUCGCGUGCAAUGCGUUACAAAGGUGACAAAAAUUUGGUAUCUACGCUUAUACAAGUUACACCGUCGCGUGCGCGCAUACGCGCGCACACAUACACAACAUACACACACACACACACACACACACAUACAUAAUCAUGUACGCGCGCGCGCGCGCGCGCGUAUGUGCACGCACACAUUUUUCAAACAUAUAUAUAUAUAUAAAUAAAUAAAUAAAUAUAUACAUAUAUAUAUACAUACGUACAAAUUGUACGAGCGUAUGCGAACGCGAUGAGACGCACUACUCAUCUACAUAAGUUGUAGCGCAAGCGCGGACCCCAGGAGAAUACUUUUUUACAAGUAAUAUUAUCCUAUCGCUAGAGACAAAUUAUAUGUAAUUAUUAUACAUAUGGUGCUCCGAGUGCAAAUGCACGUAAGAAAAGCUCCCAACUACCUGUAUAUUCGUGUUGUCAUCAUCGCUCCUGCAUAUGCUUCUCUCUGCGGGUAACGAUCUUGCAACAAUUAUUAACAGAAAUACAAUUAACAUUGACUCAAA